GAUACCGACACCUGUCUGCUUCAUCGGGCUGCGGGAUCCUACCAUGGUUUGGACUGCUGCUCUCCUCAUGAUCAUUGUUUCAUACGCUGAUUCAGAGGACUACUGUUACAAUGAGCCACACUGUGAUCCUUAUGCAUGGGGGGACACAUUCCCCGCAUGUCACCCCUUACUUGAUGAGCACCACUCUCCCAUCAAUCUGGACCACCAGAUGACCAGAAAUGACUCUCUGGGGUCUUUAUAUCUGGAGGGCUUCGAUGUGAUCCAAGGAGGCCACUGGACGCUCAAAAACGAUGGACACACCGUUGUGCUGCAGGUUGGCAGUGGCAUGUCAGUGAGCGGUGGAGGUCUUCCAGAUGUGUACCACACCAUCCAGCUGCACUUCCACUGGGGAGGCCCGGCCAGUAACGGCUCAGAGCACACAGUGGACAGACGCAGAUACCCAAUGGAGAUGCACAUAGUCAGCAUGAAGUCCAUCCAUCCGAAUCUUACAGCAGCCUUGGAUGAUCCAACAGGACUUGCUGUUCUUGGAUUCUUCAUUGAUGUUGUUUACGCAGACAAUGUGCACUUUGGACACAUAUCACAAAAACUGUUCUCUGUAGCUUACAAAGGCCAAACUACUAAAAUCAAGCCAUUCCCGCUGAUGAGCCUUCUGCCGAAGCACAACAUGAGUCAGUAUUACCGCUAUUAUGGCAGCCUCACCACCCCUCCAUGUUCUCAAGUGGUUGUAUGGACUCUGUAUGAAGUCCCCAUCUACAUCUCAUGGUCUCAAUUGGCUCAGUUCACCUCGCAGAUCUUCUCCACAGAGGAGGAUGCAGAGCAGGUGACACCUCUGCAGAACAACUUCAGACAUGUCCACCCCACCUUCAGUCGCACUGUCUCCGCAUCUAAAGAUGCCAGACUCCUCCCAGGGACGGCCACUCCUCCCCUCAGGUUAGCUGUGUCAGUGCAGCUGCUUCAAAUCAUUUUGCUGGGAAGCUUUAUCUCUGGACUUUAG